GCAGCCAGAUUCCUCGGAGUUGUACCACAGGACUGUACACCGCACAUGCUGCUGUUCAACCAAUGGUUGCUAGGGAAGCAGACUGAUCACCAAUGACAGUAGAGUAUGGAGUCACAUCCAAUACUGUCUUUAUAGAUCUACUAACACUUAGACAUGCAGCCAGCUGUAGGUAUGACCACAGUGCUGUACUGGAAUACCAAUAACUGCGAGUAGUGCCUGUGAGAGCUUGGAAGUGGGCAACACUGGUAGCAAACACUGCCUGGAUUAAAGGGCCGGUGAGGUGAGUGGAGCUCACACAAGACACGCAGCCGCCAGUGGUCGCCAUUGGUUUUACUUCUCAGGGCAUCCGAGACUGGAGCAGGAUAUUACAGAACUUAUAGUCCCUUUGGUGACAGGAAUAAUUACAACCUCCACGCUAUUUAAUAUAAACUCUUACCUAUUCCUUUAAAAAAAAAAAUUGUCAUCAAGUUUCUUCAUAAGAUCAAACAAACUGAAAAACAUAUGACAAAAUUGAAUUAUUAUUUUAUUCAAUUUUUCUAAACCAUGAAACAAUCUUAUCAUAUUUGAAAGUGAUAAAUAAUCCAGAUUCUAUAAUCAGAUAAAGGGUUCGACAGCGUGUCCACUACCUUUUAGAGACAUCUUGUGUCACACGAGAAGCAGACCUAAGUUUAUGAAACAGAACCUGUGCCACAACAAGCAUGUCAACAAAGGAUUAAAACGUUGUUUUGAAUGUUAUUUCUCAUAAACUGCGGAAUUGAUCCGCAACUGAAGGACUAGGAUAAUCUGGGGACAAAAUUGUUCUCCACACAAACGCCUAUAUACAUCUUACACAGAGCGAUAAAUGACCGUCAACUGCCAAUCCAGUUUUUUCUGUCCACGGUAGCCAUGAACACACAGUCCCCAAGCCAGAAAAUUCCUGAAGAUUAAUUGGAAGUGGUGGCUUGCAGUUGAUGCCAAAACCUUGUGAUGUCCUGUGGAUUAAGCUGUCAGUAACUCGGCUACCUAUUUGACAGAUAUCAAUACAGUCAGUAUCAUAUUGUCAUUCCACAUUCAUCCGCCCAUCAAUAAAUGGAUUUUGUUCCACGAUUUCUCCACUGAUUUUUUCCAGUCAAAUGAUUUUUAUUCAAAUGUCAACGCACCUGAUCAGAGACAGAUCAUAGGCUAAUACUUGGAAGUAUUACAGUUCACCCUGUCCGGUGAUAGAUGUACAACUGGCUAAUAUCUCCGGAAAGUCUGUGCUCCCUUUAUCAGUGAUAAAAAUGUCCCUGGCCGGACUGUCUGGCAAAGACAAUUCCUUGGACAUUCCAAUAUUAUACAACUUUACGAAAACUGCGAUGAAUAAUCUUGUGGAUACCAACACAACAAAUCUGACAGAUGUGGGAGCUGUCGGUCCCUCCCAGACAGCACUACAUAUUGGAGGUAUUAUAAUGCUCCUGGCCCUUCUCUCAGGAUUGUUUGGGAACUUUUUAGUCAUGAUUGUAAUAUUCACCAAGCGAGAUCUCAGCAACAUAAUCAACAUCUUCAUCAUCAGCCUGUGUAUCAACGACAUAAUCAACCUUGGGUUCAACAACAACAUGGUACUCCUCUCCUAUUUCCUAGGACGUUUUCCAACAGGAAUGCUCGGAUGUGAAUUAGCCACGCACUUUAGUGUUUUGCUUAUGGGAUCAUCUUUGUGGCAUACUGGACUCAUAGCCAUUCAUCGCCUAAUUGUUGUUGUAUUCAACAAUUUUUACAAAAUAAUUUCUAAGAAAGCGUAUACCAUAUUUGUGCUAGUAUUUGCUCGUGUCGUGCCGCUUCUGUUUCUGUGUCAACCAUCACUAGGCAACAUGGCCUACUAUGAGCCGAAACUUCUCCGAUGCAUUGUGAAGAAAAAUUACGGACCUUUCACACUGCUGGUUAGUGUGUUUCUGAUGAUGCUACCAUCAGUCAUCCUCAUCGUUUGUUACAUUGCAAUUUUCAUCAAAGUGCAUCAGUCUUCAAGAGCAUCAAGAGUGUCACGUCAACGUGAAUGGCUCAAACGUGAGAUAAAAAUCACCAAAAUGUUUGGUAUGGUGUUUCUCCUAAUCUUGAUUGGGUACCUUCCAUAUGGAAUUGUGCGAGCAAUGGACAAGCGUUUGGAAUGGCAUGCAGAUUUUUAUGUGGCAAUUACAGUGUUCUUUGCCAUAGCAAACAGCAGUAACCCCAUAGUAUAUGGAAUAAUGGAUAAACAAAUACGACAGCAAUGUUUCAAUGCACUGCAUAUCAGAAUGUCAAAAGAGGAUGCCAAUAAUGGAAAUAUCACAUCAAGUUCAAGGAUGUCCCAUAAUGGCUACAAGGACAAAGAGGAGGUCACUGAGGAUGUCCCACUCAACAAUUCAAAGACAGAUUCAGAAAAGGAAGUGAAGUCGUAAACUUACUACUGGAUUUUUUUUCUUUAAAACUGAAUUAACUUCAUGAAGAUUUUCUCAACCUAAAGCAAUUGAUAUGUUAUGUGAUUAUUGCAAAAUUUAUCAUGUCUGAGGAUUCAAGACUGCCUUGGUAAAUAUGUUGCUGAGGUUACUAUGUAUCAUGAUCCUUCAAGAAUUGAAUGUCUCAUAGUUUCCAAGGUAACCUUGCAUAGUCAUCCUCUGGAGAAAAAAAAUGUUUCCAUGGUAACCAAAUUUAAUGACAUCAUAAGAACAAUGUUUCAGCAAAAUUUGUGUUUAUAAGGUCAUAUUGUUUCAUGAUUGCCUCAGUAAAAUGUUUCUAUGGUAACCUUGUCUGAUGAUCCUUUAAAGACCAAGCCUCUGUAAAAUGUGUUUCUAUGGUAACCUUGUCUGAUGAUCCUUUUAAGACCAAGCCUCAGUAGAUUGUGUUUCUAUGGUAACCUUGUCUGAUGAUCCUUUUAAGACCAAGCCACAGUCAAAUGUGUUUCUAUGGUAACCUUGUCUGAGGAUCCUGUUAAGACAAAGCCUACGUAAAAUGUGUUUCUAUGGUAACCUUUUCUGAUGAUACUUUAAAGACCAAGCCUCAGUAAAUUGUGUUUUUUUGGAACCUUGUCUGAUGAUCUUUUCAGACCAAGCCUCAGUAAAUUGUGUUUUUUUGGUAACCUUGUCUGAUGAUCCUUUUAAAAUCAAGCCACAGUCAAAUGUGUUUCUAUGGUAACCUUGUAUGAGGAUCCUGUUAAGACAAAGCCUACGUAAAAUGUGUUUCUAUGGUAACCUUGUCUGAGGAUCCUGUUAAGACAAAGCCUAAGUAAAAUGUGUUUCUAUGGUAACCUUUUCUUAUGAUACUUUAAAGACCAAGCCUCAGUAAAUUGUGUUUCUAUGGUAACCUUGUCUGAGG